AUGCCCUUCAAUGGUGAGAAGCAGUGUGUGGGCGAGGACCAGCCAAGCGAUUCAGACUCUUCCCGGUUUUCCGAAAGCAUGGCUUCACUCAGUGACUAUGAGUGCUCCAGGCAGAGCUUUACAAGCGACUCUUCCAGCAAAUCCAGCUCUCCUGCUUCAACAAGCCCUCCCAGGGUUGUAACAUUUGACGAAGUGAUGGCUGCAGCAAGGAACUUAUCAAACAUGACACUUGCUCACGAAAUUGCUGUAAAUGAGAACUUUCAAUUGAAACAAGAAGCCCUCCCUGAGAACAGCUUAGCCAGUCGAGUGAAGCACAUUGUCCACCAGGCCUUCUGGGACGUCCUGGAGUCAGACCUGAAUGCUGAGCCUCCCGAGUAUGAACAUGCCAUCAAACUGUUUGAAGAAAUCAGAGAGAUUCUCCUCUCUUUUUUGACUCCUGGCGGCAACCGACUUCGCAACCAAAUCUGUGAAGUUUUGGACACAGACCUCAUUAGGCAACAGGCUGAGCACAGUGCUGUUGACAUCCAAGGCCUGGCCAACUAUGUCAUCACUACAAUGGGAAAGCUGUGUGCUCCCGUGCGAGAUGACAAUAUCAGAGAGCUCAAGGCUACCAGCAACAUCGUGGAGGUGCUGAGACAAAUAUUUCAUGUCCUGGACCUCAUGAAAAUGGACAUGGUCAAUUUUACGAUUAGGAGUCUUAGACCACAUCUUCAACGCCAGUUGGUGGAUUAUGAGAGAACCAAGUUCCAAGAAAUUUUAGAAGAAACUCCAAGUGCUCUUGAUCAAACUACAGAAUGGAUAAAAGAAUCUGUAAAUGAAGAACUACUUUCUCUUUCUGAGACUGCUUUAACUCCUGGGGCUGAAAACAGCUCUAAGCCAAGCCUGAGCCCUACACUGGUGCUAAAUAACAGUUAUUUAAAACUGUUACAUUGGGAUUAUCAGAAAAAAGAAUUACCAGAGACACUCAUGACAGAUGGAGCACGUCUUCAGGAACUGACAGAAAAGCUGAAUCAAUUGAAAAUUAUUGCCUGCCUGUCCCUAAUUACCAACAACAUGGUGGGUGCUCUUACAGAAGGCCUCCCUGAGCUUGCAAACAGGUUAAAAAGGAUUUCAGCUGUUCUACUCGAAGGCAUGAACAAAGAGACCUUUAACUUGAAGGAAGUCCUGAAUUCUAUCGGUGUUCAGAUUUGUGUUGAGGUUAACAAGGCCCUGGUGGAGAGAGAUUUAUCCAUUUUAAAUGCUGAGGCCCAAGCUAAUCUCAUAGGUCAAUUUUCAAGCAUCGAAGAGGAGGACAAUCCUAUCUGGUCCUUGAUUGAUAAACGAAUCCAACUAUACAUGAAAAGCCUACUUUGUCUUCCAAGUCCUCAAAAAUGCAUGCCUCCCGUGCCAGGAGGCCUUGCUGUCAUUCAACAGGAGCUAGAAGUGCUAGGCUCUCAAUAUGCAAACAUUGUGAAUCUCAACAAACAAGUGUACGGACCAUUUUAUGCAAAUAUACUUCGAAAGCUGCUCUUCGGCGAGGAAGCCAUGGGAAAGGCGGAUGCCUCAUCUUCUAACUAAAGAGGAACUGACAUUGGAUGCGAGGUUGGAAAUCCAGCACUUUGGUACCCAGUCUCUUUCCACCAGUGGCAUUACAGAUGCGACACAUUCUCAGUCCUGUUCAUGGUGCAGUGUUAGCCUGAAUUUGUGAAAUCCGGUAAUAUUAGCGUUGCAGAAAACAUGCACAUCAUAUAGACCCUAUUCAUGCAUCAUUUUCAAGUUCAAAAGAGAUGUUUUUAAUGGACAGAAAGCAAUUUGUAAUUAAUUAUAUUACCUAUAUAAUACUUGUAAAUGUUUUCUUAAGUAUUCAUAUAUAGCUUAUUCAUUCAACCUUAAGGAGUUGUAUUUCCUCACUUGUCACUAUCAAAUCUAAUGAUUUUUAAUUUUGGUACAACUUCUUAAAGGGUUGGAAGUCGUGAGAAUCACCAAGAGGAUUGAUGUUCUGAAUAAAUGAUGUGAAGUAAGCAUAAUUGUAUUUGAAAUGUACAAUUAAAUAUUAUUAAUGUGUAACAGAAACUUACAUAGUAAGUCUUCAAAUUCCACAAAUGUACCAAAUCACAUUUUAUAUUACCAAUUGUCAGUAUUUGUCUAGAACUUAAAUUUAUUAAAAAUAUUUUAAAGCUAUGUACAAAUUUUAGAUAAAACUUGUUCAUUUAGUGAAAAUAGAAAAAAAA